AUGGGCUCAAGCACAACGGGUGUCGGUCUCUCGGGAGGGGCCAUGCCCUUCAUCAACACAAGACCAGAGCUCAUGAUGCAGCGAAGUGUGCGCGUGGGAGACCUGACCCUGAGGGCAAGCGACUUUUCGCAGCUGCCAGAAUGUGCUGUCCCUUGCGUUACGGCGAGCUGUGGCUCGUCGUCAAACAUGACCUGCAUAUGCGGCGACGAGCAGACCAAAUCCGAGGCGGAAUCGUGCAUCAUGGUCAACUGCACCCGGCCAGUGGCUAUCCAUUCUAGAAUCAUCACCGAGACGGCAUGCGAAACGCCAGUCCGCGACCGACGCCUCAAGUUCAACGUCCUAAACAUCAUCCUCGGCGCUUUCACCACUCUCUUCGUCGUCACUCGUCUCAUCUACAAGCAAUUCUUCAGCGCGAGCCAACGCCUCCGCCGCGACGACUGGACCAUAGCGGCCACCCUCGUCGUCGGGGUGGCCGGCAUUGCCAUCAUGAUGUUUGGCCUGACCGCGCACGGCAUGGGACAGGACGUCUGGGGUGUCUCCCCAUCCGACGUGCGGACCUUUGCCAUCUACUUUUACGUCAUGGAGAUGCUCUACGUGGUCCUGAUCGGGCUCGUCAAGCUCACGCUAAACUUUUUCUAUCUCGACAUUUUCCCCGGGUCCACCAUGCGGCGAAUCCUCUGGGGCACGGCCGUGUUCCAGAUUGCCUUCAUCGUGGCGUUCCUUCUAAAGGUGGUCUUCCAGUGCCACCCUACGCAGUACUACUGGGAGCAAUACGACUUUGGGAGGACCGUCGAGGGCGGGUGCAUCAACAUCAACGCGUCGGCGUGGGCCAACGCCGCCAUCAGCGUCGCGACAGACUUUUGGCUGCUCGUCAUACCGCUCAGUCAGCUCAGAAAGCUGAAGCUGCACUGGAAGAAGAAGGUCGGAGCAACCCUCAUGUUCUUCACGGGGACAAUAGUCACGAUAGUCUCCAUACUACGCCUCCGCUCCAUCACGCACUUUGCCAGGGGCUCCAACCCCACGUGGGAGCUGUGGGACAUUGUGUGGUGGUCGACAAUCGAGGUCAACGUGGGCAUCAUAUGCACGUGCCUGCCCGCGCUGCGCCUUGUCCUGGUGUAUCUCUUCCCUCGCAUAUUCGGCACCGACAUGCGCUCCAGCCGGGACCCGGGGUCGCGGUCGACCGCGAACAGGCAGCCGGCGAUACGGCCGGAAGUAAAUACGGAUGAAGAACUCGGCGUAACAGAGGGCUUAGAUGAGUUUGCGAGUACGACGAGGUUGCACAAGUUGGAUAUACCCGCCCAGACUGCGCAGCCAGGGAAUACAUGGUACGAGGAGAGUGUCGGGGAAGGGCAGAGGAGGUAUCUCAAGGCCAAUGAGUGGCCGGUGCCCCCUGGUGGGCGAGGAUUUGGCGACAUGAAGUAA